AUGGUUGGAUGCCUGAUUGUGAAAGAUGGGAAGAUUGUUGGUGAAGGGUUUCACCCAAAAGCUGGGCAGCCCCAUGGCGAGGUUUUUGCUUUGAGAGAUGCAGGAGAUGUUACUCAGAAUGGGACUGCAUAUGUUAGCUUGAAACCAUGUAAUCAUUAUGGGAGGACACCUCCGUGCACUGAAGCAUUUAUAAAAGCCAAAGUGAAAAAGGUGGUCAUUGGGAUGGUGGAUCCAAACCCAAUUGUGGCUUCAAAAGGGGUGGAUAGACUACGAGAUGCAGGGAUUGAUGUGACUGUUGGUGUUGAGGAGGAAUUGUGCAAGAAGCUUAAUGAAGCAUAUAUCCAUCAAAUGCUUACAGGAAAGCCCUUUCUUACACUGAGAUUGGUGAAGAAGUAG